AAAACCCAUUCUAAAAUUUUUGCUCUGCUUCUUCUCACUUUCCAGAUACAAUCCAUGUGAGAUCAGUCCCAAUGGCCCAAACCGAAUCUGCUCAGGUACUGGAAGCCUACCGGGAGGUGAUUGCUGCCUCCGCUAAGGGGCAGCAGGAUCUCCUGGCCCCAGAUCAAGGGAGCCUAUACCGAGAUGUCAUGCAGGAGAGCUACAAGACAAUCCUCUCCAUGGCCCCUCCUCUUCAACUCCAAGCAGGAUUUCCAAUUCAAAAAUCUGAACUCCUGGCCUGUCUUGAGCAAGGGCAACAGGAUUGGGCCCCAGAACAGAGUUCCAAUGAAGACACUGAGGAGGAGCCAGUUAAAGUACAGCUGUCCACGUGGCCAGACCCGGGGACAUGGUGGAAUUCCUACCGGAGCCCCGUGAGCGUGCCCAGUUCAGAUUCAUCUGCCUCAGAUAAUGAAUCAUCAAGUGAGAAAGAGGAGGAAAGGAACGUUAAGCCAGAAUGGGUCAGGGUAACAAAGCCCCGGGCGCCUUUGCUGGGUAAAUGUGAGGUGAAGCAAGAAGGAUGUGAGCAACUGGGACAUCCAAAGAGCAGUAUGAAGAUGCCAUUUUGUUGGACCAAUGAAAAAGACAGAGGCCUUGUUAAGAGCAGAAAGAGGAAGCCAGGAACAGACCCAGGGAAGAACCACUAUGUGUGCCCUCAAUGUGGAAACAGCUUUAACAGGAAAUCAUCCCUUAAGAGGCACGUAACAACAAUCCAUGAUGGAGCAAACCCCUAUGAAUGGCCCCCCCGUAAGAAAAGUUCCCUUGAAAAACCAAAUCGUAGGGCACGCGCAAGAUCUUCCCAUUCAGGAAGAGAACCUUAUGAAUGCCCUGAGUGUGGAGAAAGCUUCACGACAAAUGCCUCUUUCACCAAGCAUCGGAGGACUCACACCAAUGAAACAGCAAACGAAUGUCCUGAGUGUGGAAAAAGCUAUGUGGAAGAACGAUAUCUCAUCAAACACCUGAUGACAGCCCACUCAGGAGCCCAUCUUUCCAAAUGCCUUGACUGUGGAAAAGGUUUUCUAAGAGAGGACGAUCUCAGUAUGCAUCAGACAAUGAUCCACGGGGUAGAAAGUUCCCAUCAAAGUCUGGACCGUGAGAAAUGCUAUCAGGAGAAAUUUUCCCAUAUCAAGCAAAGUCCAUCCCAUGCCACUCAGGAGGGAAGUGACAUAGGAGAAUAUGUCCUCAAGUGCCCUGACUGUGGAAUGUGUUUCAAGGCUGAAAGAUGUUUUCUGAAUCAUCAGAGAAUGCACAUGGAGCAAAAGUGUCAACAGCUUGACAAAAGGGACAUCUUGAAGGGACGAGCACCCUUUGCUAGAAAUCAAGAAACCCACAUAGAAAUAAAAUGCAAUGCAGAGUCUACCAAAAUGGAAGAAACUCUCCAUACGUGUACUGACUGCGGGAAGAUUUUCAGAGACAGUCGGUGUUUUGCUAAUCAUCGGAGCAUGCACAUAAAAGAAGAACCAUCUGAAAAUGCUGAUGGUCAGGAAGCGGUUGAGGAAAGAGCCAUUGACCAACAAGAAAACCACCUGAAAGAAAAACCCUAUAAAUGCUGUACCUGCGGGAAAACCUAUGCAACUCAGUAUAAUCUCAACAGACAUCAGCACGUCCAUACAGACAACAAACCCUAUAAAUGUACUGUCUGUGGGAAGACUUUCACCUACAGAUACACUCUAGUUCACCAUGAAGCAACCCACCCAGAAGGAAAAGUCUGUCAGCAUAAAUGUUCUUACUGUGGGAAAGGGUUCACCACCAAAACGUCCCUCUCGAGGCACCUGCAACUGCACCAGAUGGGCAGACCAUACCAAUGUGACAUCUGUGGGAAAGCUUUCGCCUACAGGUAUUCUCUCACUCAUCAUCAGGAAAUUCAUGUGCAAGGACAGGCCCAGAAAUGUCUUUUCUGCUGGAAAGUCUUCAGGACCAGUAAUUCCCUCAGCCGACACAAGCGUAUCCAUAUGGAGACAAGAUCCUACCAGUGCUCCGUCUGUGGGAAAGCCUUUGGAACAAAAUAUUCCUUCUGCAGACAUCAGGACAUGCAUUUGAAUAGAAGUCUGAGUCAUUCAUCCAGCAGUGGGAAAGGUCUAGUUGAUGGUUCAGCCCUAGCAAAAGAACAGACUAGCGAUACAGAUGAAAACUCCAAUAACUGGUCAGGCAAUUCAACUCUCUCUGAGCACUCUGUGAAAGAAACCCCCGCUGAACGUUCCGAGGGUGCGGGUGGCACUCCACUUGUUAAAUGCCGGAAUGCCCAUGUUGAAGAAAAUUCUGCCAAAGGGUUAGACUCUGAGGGAACCUGCAGAGAGAACCCUGUGCCUCUUCAAGAUCAAGCUACCCAUGCUCAUAAAAGUGUCAGUAACUGGUCUGAUAAUUUGAUCUGCUCUGGGCAUCAGGGAGUCCACAUGAAAGAACCCCCUGCUGAUUUCUCUGAGAUGGUGGACAGUGACAUUCUCAGUAAGCCCCAAAGUACCCCCUUAAAAGAAAAUUCCAUUCGAGGUUUAGAUGGUGGUGAAACCUUGUGGGAUCAUUCAGUGGACGUUAAGGGUCAAGAUAGCUAUGGAGAAGAAGAUGCCAGUGAAGGGACUUAUGAUUUAGGCUACCGCAAGCAACAGGGAGCCUGUAUGGAAGGCAGCCUCCCAGAACCUGAGAUGCAGGGAGCCUUAACCCCUACUAAACAUCAGAGCAUAGGAGUAAAUUCCAUUCCAAGAUUAGACAAUGAGGAACCCCUCAAGGGCAGCUUGACUCACUCCCACCUUCGAGGUGUCAGAAAGGGCCAAAAACAGCAUACGUGUUCUAACUGUGGGAAAUCUUGCAGAGAUAAAUAUUCCCUCACUAGGCAUGAGAAAACCCACAUAUCAGAGAGGCCCUAUCAGUGCCAAAAAUGUGGGAAAAGAUUCCGUGAAACCAAAAACCUUACCAAGCAUCAGAUAACCCAUACAGACCUCCGGCCCUUUCCAUGCAACAAAUGUGGGAAACAUUUCAAGACCAAGUCAACUCUUGAUAAACACCAGAAGGUUCAUGAUAAACCUUUUUGCUGCUCUUAUUGUGGUAAAAGGGUCUCCACCAGCACAAUUCUUAAGAACCAUCUGAGAACCCACACUGGAGAAAAACCAUUUAAAUGUACUGAGUGCGGCAAAGAUUACAGAACAAAGUCAUCCCUCAACAAACACAGAGAGGGACACUUAAAAAAGGACUCAUCAGAGGUCCCCAAAGAGGAUCAGCCAAAUCAGAUUUUUUAAGUCUUGUUUUCCCAUGAUGUAAUGGGACAUCCCCUAAUUGACUAUAUGAGGUGCUUCAAGACCCAGCCUAAAAUGUGUCACUUACAUAUUCCAGAGGGUUAGCCAGGUUAGCAUUUUGCAGCAAAAAUGAGCAGACAUUUUGAGGCACCUUAAAGAGUUAACAAAAAUUUAUGCCAGCAUAAGUUUGUGUGGACUAGAGUCCACUUCUUCAGGUGCUAUGAAUGGCGUAAUGAAUGCAUAUUCAGAGAGACCCAGGUUAGGUUCUUCGUAAAAGCAAAGGUGACCAACUACCUCACAAACAGAAACUUUACCUAUUCAGCCUCAAAGCACCCAUUGUCUUAACUCAGGAAAUGGAUGUUAUUGCAGCUGGUGAAAGAGUAUUUCAGAUUAUAUGAACCUGUUAAUUUAGCUCAGGGCAGCAAGCAUGGUUCACCCUCCUCCUUAACCUCACAACAGCCCAUUAGGGAAGGGUAGGCUAGGAGAGUGACUAAGUCAGAUAUUCCAGUGAGCCAUCUGGCUGCAAUGAAAUUGGAAUCCAGGUCAUUUCUGUGCUGAACUAAAUGAGACUGCGUUCUUGGGGAUAUGCUGCCAUUUUAAGGCUGUGUGUUCCCACUGGGCAUUUCCUUUUAAA